CUUUGAUGAAGAUAGUGAAGUUAGACUGGAUUGGAAUUGGAAUCUUGAAUCAAAGCUUUUCUGGAAUGAGGAUAGUGGACUUUGCCGAAAUGAAGGUAGUAAAGUUAGACUUGUUUUAGAUCGGAAUCUUGAAUCAAAUCUUCACCGAAAUGAAGGUAGUAGUGUUAAAUGA